AUGGAUCCGGCCAAGUUCCCCGUCUCGGCGAUCCCGCUGAACCACGCGCAAUAUGGGCCCAUCACGGACGAGAACCUGAAAGGCAUCAACGAGGGGAAAGUCGCGCUCGUGACGGGCGGUGCGAGAGGCAUCGGCCGCGCAAUCAGCGUCAAACUCGCCAUCUCCGGCGCCAGCAUUGCCGUGCUGGACAGAUUGGAAGACGAACUGGCCGAGACGGCGAGAUUGUGCGAGGAGCACGGCGCCAGGGUCAAAACCUACGUCGUCGAUGUCACGGAUGUGGAGGCCCUGAGGGGCGUGUUGAAGCAGGUCGAGAGUGACUUGGGAGAGAUCGAUAUCCUGGUCAACAACGCGGGCGUCUCGCCCGGCAGACCACAGUGGAUGGAAUCGUUCGAAGACUACUGGCGCACCAUUGAGAUCAAUUUCAAGGCGACCAUGGUCACGAGCUGGUACUUGCUGCCCAAGUUCCGGGAGCGCAAGGCCGGCGUCAUCAUCAACAUUGCCUCCCGCGCUGCAACAGUCGAUUUCCCCUUCGCGGUGGGUUACAACAGCUCCAAAGCGGCCGUCGCGCGCGCCACGAGCACGCUGCAGGAAGAAAUCGAGCUGGACGGCCUGGGCGACCAGAUCCAGCUUUAUGCCCUGCAUCCGGGGGGUGUGCCGACUGCUAUGGCCAAGAAGGAGAUCCGGCAGGAACUUUUGGAAAAGUACCCCUCCCUCGUGUCGCACGGGACGGAUUUCCAAUCACUGUUCAAGGACCCGCCUGAACUCUGCGGCGCCACGGUCGCGUAUCUUGCUGCGGGCAGGGCGAAGGAGUUGAGAGGUAUGUAUUGGGAUUGUCGGCAGGAUGUUGAACGGGUGAAGGCCUAUGGGCGGGAGAAGUUGCAGAAGGAAGGGAGGUAUACGCUGAAGAUGCAGUUCUUGGACGGUUAUGAGAACGAGCCGUAG